AUGGGAAGUUCCUUGGCGGACGACUGUUCCUCGUACUCCGCAUUUUCGUCUUCUAUUGCUGUUAGCGGCAGCGAGGAUGGAAAGGUUCUGGAAGUUCCCAGCCGCAGCCUCCUGGAAUCGGCCCUCAUGACUCUCUGGGAGGACAGAGCGGACCGGGGCCUCUUUCGCUACGAUGUCACGCUGUGUCCUACACGCGUGUUGCCGGGCUCGCGAGGCUUCAUCGCACAGCUCAACGAGGGCCGGGCCACAAAGAAACGCCCCACUGAGGUCACGUUGGACCGAGUUUUGCAGCCUUUCGACUCCGCUAAGUUCAAUUUUAAGAAAGCUGCCAUGGCGGAGGCGCUCGUCGGGUUCUUUCCCGACGAUGCUGGCAGUGGCGGCGGCGCUGGUGGCGGCAAUGGCGGCCGCAGCUUGCUGCCAUCCGUGGCGCCGCUGGGCGCCGCCGCAGUGGCCGCGGGCGGCAGUCCGAACCUGGUCCUCAUCAACGUGUCGCCUAUCGAUUAUGGCCACGUGCUGCUGGUGCCGCGGGUUCUGGACAAUCUGCCGCAGGCGCUAAGCUGCGGGACGGUGCUCCUGGCGCUGCAAUUCGCUGGGGAGCUGGGGAACUCGCACUUCCGAGUGGGCUACAACUCCCUGGGUGCCUACGCGACCAUUAACCACUUGCAUUUCCAGUCGUACUUCUUGGCCAAGACCAUGCCAUGCGAGGCGGCUGCAACGGUGCCGCUGCCCGGAGUCGGCGUGCUAGCCGGUGCUGCUGUACGCGUGUCGCGCCUCGUGGAUUACCCCGUCAAUGCGUUUGUUAUCGAGGCCUUAACCUCCUUGGAGACGAGUUUAUACGACUGUGCGGAGCGGCUACAGGCGGCCAACCAGCCGUUUAACCUGCUCAUCUCAGACGCUGGUCGCCGGGUUUUUCUGUUUCCUCAGUGCUUUGCGGAGCGCCAGGCGGCGGGCCUUAUCCCGCCGGAGCUUCUCGAAACGGGCGUGAAUCCAGCCGCGUUUGAGAUUGCUGGACAUCUGGUCCUGAAGCGCACGCAGGACUACACGGAGGCGACGGAGGACUUGGCAAUGCAGCUGCUGGCGCAGGCGUCGUUAUCGGAGGAAAGGUUCAUGAGCUUGGCACGUCUGUGCUUUGGCGGUGCUGCUGGCGCAGACAUCUGUGGCGCCGCCUUACAGUGA